GCCGACAAUUACAUUGUGCCCAAGGCUCUGCCGGUGGAUACUAUAAUGAGGGAAUAUCUGCCAGCCUCUCUGCAACCCUUGCCUUUAUGCGUCGGAGCCUAAUGUGCAAGUCUCUCGUUACGUGGCGUGUUUGCGUAACGAGUCGCGUGCUCAACUUCCCCUUUCAACCAAGCUUACACAUCCCUGGGCCUACUUCCACUGUCAUGGACGAUCAGGAGCAGACGUUUCGCUCUGUUGCACGUAAUUGGCAAGAUGGGUAACAAACCGGCCAGGGAAGAGCGGCGUGAUGCUUCGGACGAGGAGAUCAAGUCCCUUCCUCAUGUAGCGGACUCUAUUCCAUUCAAUGUUUGGGUGGCAUUGUUGGCCAGCGGCGCUGAAAGAUUCUCAUUUUACGCUGUAUCUACUCCUUGGCAGAAUUACAUCCAGAAUGACCGCGGGAGCAUUGCGGUCCCUGGUGCGCUCGGGUUGGGACAAUCGACUGCAACCAACAUCACAAGCGCAUUUUAUUUUGUGACUUUUCUUUCACCAACACCGUGGGCCAUCCUAUCUGAUACGUGGUUGGGUCGCUACAAGACACUGUGUCUCGCUUUCUUCCUUAACUUCUGCGGAUGCCUGGUUAUGUUUGUGACUUCGCUCGAUGUUUUUGGCGCGCAAUCUAUACAUGUGAUUGGGCUAGCGUUUGCUAUGAUUCUUCUUGGUUUAGGAACUGGAGGUGUCAAGGCCACUGUCUCUCCCUUCAUCGGUGAUCAGUACACGAUAGUACACCCUCAACUUGUAGUGAGGAGAAACGGACAGAAGGUUAUCGUCCAUCGAUCAUUGACGCUUCAAUACGUGUAUAACAUAGCUUACUGGUUUACAAACAUUGCUAGUCUAUCGCUCAUAGCUUCAACGUAUUUAGAGAAGGACGUUGGUUUCUGGGCUGCGUACCUUUUGCCUCUCUGUUCCGUAUGGAUGCUGGUACCAAUGCUGCUUUUCUUCAACAGAUAUUGGGUCAAGCUUCCACCACAAGCGAAUGUCCUUUCGCAGGCUGCCAGGGUUGUUAAGUCUACUACGCGGGAUCGUCUCCGCCUAGAUUCGGCGAUGCCAGCGUACCAGCAAGAGAAAUACGGCAAGUGCGUCGACUGGGAUGACGCAUUUGUUUUGGAGAUCAAGAGAGGACUUAGGGCCUGCCGAGUUAUGGCAUGCUUUGUUCCGUUUCAUUUGUGCAUGAACCAGAUUGUCAACAACUUGGUGUCUCAGGCAGGUCAAAUGCGCCUUGAGGGAGUACCCAACGAUACCAUUCAAGCCUUGAAUUCCAUUGCUUGCGUGCUUCUGGGACCCGUUUUGCAAAAGGGCUUGUAUCCAAUAGUGCGCAAGCUGGGACUGAACUUCGGCCCAAUUGCCCGCAUAACGUGUGCCUUUAUCAUAAUGAGCACCUCUAUGGCUGUUGCAGCUGGACUACAGAAAAUAAUUUAUGAAAAGGGCCCAUGCUAUGAAAGCCCGCUCAACUGUCCUGCCUCGCAGAAUGGUAGUGUUUCUAAUGACAUAUCGGUGUGGGCGCAAACACCGGUGUAUCUGCUCCUCUCUGUGGCUGAGAUCUUAGGGUUUACAACUUUAUCAGAAUACAGCUACUCAGAAGCACCUGAGAGUAUGCGCAGCUUGGUGCAGGCUCUAGGACAGCUGAGCUCUGGUAUAGGUUCGGCGCUGGGCAUCGCCUUUUCUCCGCUGUCCAAAGACCCUCAAAUUUUGUACCUGUACGCUGGGCUCGCGGUAACGAUGAUCACGGCCGCUCCGGCUUUUUGGUUUGCCUUUAGGAAGCACGACAUUGCUUUGUCCUCGGCCCCCAGUGCUACUGAACCAACUAUCCAGAACCGUUGAUGGCUUCUAUCAGAGACAUAACCGAGUAUUGAGUGCCAGAUUGCCUAGUCAACUUGUGGCGGACAUAGACUCAAUAAUAAUUUAUAUAAUAAAAUUAUUUAUAUCUUGAU